CUGAGAAUCUCAAAGAGUUAAGAGUCUUCGACUUGAUAUCUUCCAUCCGGAUGUAUCCCGGACAGCAGUACCACUCUGGUCCACCCCCUCCGCAGGGCGGGUAUGGCCCCCCUCAACAGCAGUAUGGCGCGCCGCCACCCCAGCAAUACCAGCAGUACCCGCCUCAAGGCUACCCCCCGCAGCAACAGCAGCCACAAUACCAUGGACAUCCCCCAAGCCCGCAGCCAUACGGUCAACCCCCUCCAAGCUCGCAACCUGCAUAUGGAGGAGGAGGUUACGGCUAUAAUGCCCCUCCUCAGCAAAAUUACUACCAGCAACCCCCUCCACAGCAAUAUGCUCCUCAGCCCUCACAUUCCCCUCGGCCGGGCCCCCCUCCUCCACCCACAGGCGGCCAACAGUUCGGCCAUGGCGCUCCCGGUGGCUAUACCUUCCAGUACUCGAAUUGCACAGGUCGAAGAAAAGCGCUACUGAUCGGGAUCAACUACUUCGGCCAGCGAGGACAACUUCGAGGAUGCAUCAACGAUGUCAAGAAUUUGAGCAACUACCUCAACCAGCACUUCGGCUAUCGUCGCGAAGAUAUGGUCCUUCUCACCGAUGACCAACAAAAUCCUAUGAGCCAGCCGACCAAGGUGAAUAUCCUGCGAGCCAUGCACUGGCUUGUGAAGGAUGCUCAACCCAACGAUUCCCUCUUCUUCCACUAUUCUGGUCAUGGAGGUCAGACUCGCGACUUGGAUGGUGAUGAAGAAGACGGUCACGACGAGGUCAUCUAUCCUGUGGACUUCCGAACUGCUGGUCAUGUCGUUGACGACGAGAUGCACCAGAUAAUGGUGUCUAGCCUCAAACCCGGCGUCCGCCUCACUGCGAUCUUCGACUCCUGCCAUUCCGGCUCCGCCCUCGACUUGCCCUACAUCUACUCCACCCAAGGUCUUCUCAAAGAGCCCGACCUCGCGAAAGAAGCUGGAAAAGGUCUUCUCGGCAUCGUCUCUUCAUAUGCUCGUGGUGAUAUCAGUGGCAUGCUUUCUACUGGUCUUGGCCUCGUGAAGCGAGCGGCAUCGGGAGAUGCGACCUACAAGAAGAACCUCCGGACGAAAACGAGCCCCGCCGAUGUGAUCAUGUGGAGCGGCUCCAAGGAUACUCAGACUUCGUACGUGGACGGAUGUUUUCUUUCGCCUUAUCUUGAACCGUAUUUGGAUCCUUCGUGCAUGACCCCACCCUCGUUGACACCUUCCCCCCCUUAUUCUACACUUGCACCCGAUCCGUAUCUUAACCCUUGGGUCGUGCCACCUCCUUCUUUUGAGUUCUCUGCAGUUUAGCACGCCUUGGUGUUCUCUUUUUUUGGCAUUUGGAUAGCGAAGGCGCUUGGACGAGGAAAGGAUAUACCCCAUAGAGCGCAAAGUCUUUCGCAUUUUUUCAGCAUUUGUACGAGUCUAUAUAUAGCUACGAUAUGAACGACUUUCACGUCCCAAGAUCGGCUUGGCUGCAUAUCCCUCC